AUGGGUACGAAGAACCAGUUCGAUCUCCUCGUCGACGUCGACAACGACGACCCUCCCCACCUCAUCGCGGCCGCCGAGAAGAAGGCGGCCGCGUCGCCCAAGCCGGCGCCCGCCGCCCCGGCCAAGCUGCCCACCAAGCCGCCACCGCCCGCGCAGGCUGUUAAGGAGUCCAGGAACUAUGGCGCUCCAGCUCGUGAUGGGGCAGGACGUGGUAGAGGUGGCUUCCGUGGAGGCAGGACGGGCCCAAGGCGUGAAUUUGGUGAGGGCAAUGCCAAUGGCGUUGAGGGAGGUUACGGCGGCGGUGGUUUUGGAGAUAGUGGCUUCCUGCGGAGAGAGGAAGGUGAUGGAAAGGCUAUGGAAAGAGGCCGUGGACCACGUCAGCCUUACCGUGGGGGUGGCCGCCGCGGUGGCUAUACUGAUGGCGAGGCUGGUGAUGAGUCUGCUCGGCCCCCUCGCCGGGCCUAUGAGCGCCACAGUGCCACAGGUAGAGGAUAUGAAAUGAAGCGUGAGGGAGCUGGCCGUGGCAACUGGGGAACUGUGACUGAUGAGGCCCUUGCACAAGAGACAGUAGAAACUGAGGGGACUCCUGCUGUGGCUGAGGAUGAAAACAAGCCAGAGGAGGUUCCACAGUCUGAGGCUGAGAAGGGCAAGGAGGGCGAACCAACUGAAGCAGAGGAGCCUGAAGAUAAGGAGAUGACAUUGGAAGAAUAUGAGAAAGUAUUGGAGGAGAAAAGGAAAGCUUUACUUGGACUGAAGUCUGAAGAGAGAAAGGUUGAGGUGGACAAGGAGUUGCAGUCCAUGCAACAGCUUUCAGUGAAAAAGGGUGCCGAUGAAAUUUUCAUCAAGCUGGGUUCUGACAAGGAUAAGAAGAAAGAAAACUCAGAAAAGGAUGAACGUGCCAAGAAGUCCGUCAGUAUCAAUGAAUUCCUGAAGCCAGCUGAGGGUGAAAGGUACUACAGCCCUGGUGCCCGGGGUCGUGGUCGUGGCAGAGGCCGUGGUGACCGCGGGGGUUUCCGUGGUGGGUACAGCCCUCGGGAGUUCGCUGCUGCGCCAGCACCGGCGAUUCAAGAUCAAGCACAGUUUCCCUCACUCGGUGGGAAGUGA